AUGGAUGAAGCAGACGAUAUAUUAGAACAGAAUCAAAUGGACGAUGAGGUGGAGGAAGAUGAUGAGGACGAUUUCAAGGACGUAGAGGAGCGUGCUGAUGAGGACGAAGAGGAUGAGAACGAUGAAGAAGAUGACGAGAAUGACGAAGACGACGACGACGACGAUGAUGACGAUGACGAUGAUGAUGAUGACGAGAAUGAAGAUGACGAUGAUGAGAAUGAGAACGAUGAUGACGACGAUGAUGACGACGAGAAUGAUGACGACAACGACGAAAACGAUGACAACGACGACAACGACGAUGAUGAGAACAACGACAAGGAGGAAAAUACUGAGAGAACGGUAGAGGAUGCUGACGACGCAGAUGUCGAGAUGGAAGAUGGAGAGGAUGAAGAUGAUCAGAAGAAAGAUAUGUCCGCAAUCAAACUUACAAAGACCGAAAAAUUGAGAAACUAUUACUCAACAAUGUUUUGCAAUGCAAAACUCGCAGGAAGUUACUCAAUCUCCCCAACCGUAGCGAUUCCAAUUCAGACUCACGUCAAUGCAAUUACAAUGUCAAAGGGCUUGAAUUAUAUGUUCUUAGGUGGAAGUGAUGGAUACAUUAGAAAAUAUGACUUCAAAAAUAGUAUGGACGGUAAAGCUUCAUUGACGUUAAUUCAAAAACAUUCUCUGCCAGAAUCCAUGGAUUAUGCAGGCAUAACGUUAUCAUAUUGGGAAAAUGAAAUCCCACAAAAGAAAUCAACUGUAAAAUUAACAAAGAACAAUAAAGAAUAUGAACCAUUGGUUAGUCCUGUUUAUUCCCUUGAAGUACAGAGUGAAAGCAUGUAUAUUCUAAGUGGUCUAAAUAAUGGUGGUAUCACCAUGCAAGGUGUGAGAUACAGCGAAGGUUCAAUAGCGCAUUAUUUUAAAACCCCAGGGAGUCAUCAACAAACUGUAAAUUUAUUGAAACUUAAUAAUGAUGAAACAACUUUCUUAAGCGGUUCUUGGGAUAAAAAACUAUUAGAAUGGGAUCUACGGACAGGUAAAAUUAUUAACGACUUCCAAGGUGUCCUUUCAACACCAUCAUCAUUAGAGAUGAGACCAUUGUAUUCAACCGUGGAAAUAUCAGAGAUGGUUGAAAAUCUUAAAAACUCAUCAGCAGAAACGGAAAAUCGUUCUACAAAAGGAGCAGACGAAGAUGAUGAUAUGGAUUCUUUGUUUGGGGAUGAUGAUGAAGCAGCCGAUAAAAGUACUCUGAAGGAUGAUAAAACAAAUGAUGCUGAAAUGAAUGUUGACAUCAACGAAAAUAUAAAAGAACAAAGUCUCGAUGCAACUAAAGCUAAUGAUUCUUUACUAGAAAUUUCCAAAACUACCCUGAAAAGAGUAUAUGAUCCAGAUAUUUUUAUGACAUCUAGUUUGAAUGGUAAUGUCGAUAUUUGGGACAGACGUAUUUCAUCAGGAGUUGCCCUCACAAUUAAGAGAGGAGAGGCUACACCACCAUGGUGUUUAUCUGCCACCUGGUCAGCCGAUGGUGACCAUAUAUAUGCAGGAAGAAGAAAUGCUUGCGUUGAAGAAUUUGAUAUAAAAAUGCCUUCUAAACCUAUAAACACACUUAAAUUACCUUCUAUUUCAGGUUCUGUAUCGUGCGUACGUGCUAUGCCAAACAAUAGGCAUAUUUUAUGCGGUUCUCAAGAUAACAUCAGAUUAUUUGACACUAAAAUAGCAACAGAUACCUCGGGAUCGAAAGGCCGCAAGUACUUCAGUAUUGUUCCAGGGCAUCACGGUGGUAUGAUAUCUGACAUUUAUAUAGAUCCAAGCUGUAGAUUUAUGAUAAGCGCAAGUGGUAACCGUGGUUGGCAAGGUACUACUACGGAUUAUGCAUUAUUGUAUGAAAUUGAUCUUCAAUAA